AUGUGUAAUUCAUUUGAUGAUACAGGAAAGGUUGUAGCACCAAAAGAUUCAGAGUCCUGGCAGGUUUUACUUAAAACAGCUACCAUACGGCAGUAUGCCCCUCUACUAAACCUUCAAACAAGUUCCCAUGAAAUUCCAAAUGAUAUUUACUACCAUAGAAAAUGCACAAGCAUAUUCACUAUUAAAAGAGAGCUUGAGAAGUUAACCGCGGUAAACAAAGAAGAUGACGAGGAAAUAGAAAAUUUUCUAGAGAGAAGAGUAAGUCAGCGAAGACCAUCAACUAGUGUAAGAGUAUAUGAGAGUAUUUGCAUAUUUUGUGACAAAGACAGCAAAUACAUGAAAGGCAAUGUACGUGAAAAAUUAAUCAAAUGCUCCGAUUUGCGAAGUGACGAAACAAUCAGAAAAAACGCAACAGCUAACAAURAUACAAAAAUUCUAGCCAUUGUUUCCAGAGAGCUUGUUGCUGCAGAGGCAUGUUAUCACAGGUCUUGCUACAGAAAUUACACUCGUCCCCGAAAGAAUUCAAAUAACUCUGUAAAUAACUGUUCUGAGUCAGAAGAAGAUAUCGUAUACAACCGUAUUGAGACACAGGGAUUGGAAAACCUUYAUGACUAUAUCAGACUCGACCUAUUGGAAARCCCUCAACUGAUACGAUUCACGCAGAUAGCAGACACUUUGGUAAAGUUCAUGCAAGAGCUAGGCGCUAAAAAAAUCAGAGAAUCGACCAAGACWCACCUUAGACGAAACCUUGAAAAGCAGUUUGGAUCACUUCUGCAGUUUGAAGAUUUACUUGGAAAUAACCGACUCUUUGUUAUUCCACACAACUUAUCGAAGAUACAGCUGGCAARGGAAGUUGUAGRACUUUCUGAACAACUAAAAGCUUCUUGCAGUAAUCCYAGAAUGGAGUCUGUCCGCCAAGCAGCUCUAAGCAUCCGAGAGUCAAUUCUCUCUGAUACCAAUGAGAUGUCUUGGCCGCCGAAGCCAUCAGAGCUUAUCGAAGAAAAUGUUAGGAUACCAGAAAACUUGAAGACAUUCCUUUCUACGUUGCUGACUGGAAAAAGUGAUUGCGUAAAACUUCCAGAGAGAGUUGAUCGCCUUGUAAAAUCCUUUGGGCAGGACAUGAUUUUUGGUGCUAGUGGUGGCCGUCAAAAAACCCCCAAGCAUCUCCUUCUACCCCAUGCUAUUAAGACACUUACAAAUAAUGUGGAGCUUAUCAGGAUUAUUAAUCGUUGUGGACAUGNGUCACAUGUUACUCUACAAUGUGAUUAUACGCUUGCUAUCUUUAGGUGUACACAUGAGGAGGCUGAUACAAGGCUAAUCCUACAUGCUUACCACGCAGCAAACAGUGGAUGUCCUACAGUUGUGGUAUCAUCUGAUGACACAGAUGUUUUCAUUCUCUGCCUGGCAUAUAAAUGUUCCAUUCAAUCAACACUAUACAUAAAGUGUGGAACAACGUUACGAACAAGAUACAUAGACAUUGAACAAGUGAUACAGUGCCACGGUUUAGAGCUAUGUCGGUGUCUGCCUGGGCUGCACGCAUUCACUGGCUGUGAUAGUGUGAGUGCCUUUUGUGGGAAAGGCAAAUUAAUUCCAUUGAAGUUAGCGAAAAAACACCCUGAAUUCAGAGAGCUCUUUCAGACAUUUGGAGGUCAAUGGGAAGUUUCUGAAGAGCAAUUCAAUCUCCUUCAAAAAUUUACUUGCAAGAUGUACUGCUCCAAUCCUGGCACGAAUGACGUAAACGACUUGAGGUAUCGCCUUUUCUGUGCUAAGAAAGGAGAAAUUGACUCGAGUCAGCUUCCACCUUGUUCUGACACACUCAGAAAGCAUUGCAUUCGUGCAAAUUAUCAAGCUGCUGUUUGGCACCGGAGCUUGCAGUGCUGCCCGCAGAUUCCCUCACCAGAUGGUCAUGGCUGGAAUCAGGAUAGUGAUGAGCUAAGCAUUGACUGGAUGAAUGGAGAGCCAGCACCUAAAGCUGUCUUAGAGCUGUUAUCCUGCCAGUGCAAGAAAACCUGCGAGCUACCAAGCUGCACMUGUCUUUCAAAUGGACUACAGUGCACCGAUAUGUGUAAACUACAAGAAUGUGCAAACAGAGAACUUAAGAUGAUGAGAGCGAUGAUGAUGAUGAUGAAUAGAAUUACACCAGCAUAA